GGAGAUUAAACAAACACUGGAACGCGAGUUCGAUAUCUUCCUCACCGCGCCGGACAUCCGCAAUUUGAACUUCGCUAAACUGACGAUGAUGCGCGAUAAUGACUUGGAACGUGAGAAAGCCCAAACUCAACAGACUGACAAACAGGCAGCCGAAAUAUCUGGCAUACAGCUGGUUGUUCGAAUUUUGGGCCACGAGGGGUUGUCUACCGAGAUUUCUAUGGACUUACAGAGCAGGAUGGAUCCGCGCAAGAUCAAAGUGUUCCUUCUGCCGGGUGUACAGGGCUACGGACAGAUAUUUAGUCCACUAGCGCCAAAGAUCAGACCUGUUGCAACAGCCUUGCAAUAUGGAGCGAUAAAUACUUGGCCUAAUCAUAUGUCUAUACCAGAAUACGCCGAUCAUCUUUUACCAUAUGUCUUACCAAAGGCGGAAGAGCAAAGAGGUUUCACUAUUGUCGGAUAUUCGUAUGCC